GCACCUUCUCCCCGCUCACUCAGCCAGCGGUGGGAAGCAACAAACACUCGCCUCCAUCAUUCUUCUUAUUUCCUGUCUGCUGCCACCAGACCACUGGCAACGCUCUCUUCGACCGCCUGCAUCUCUUGCCGAACGGAAUUGAACCUUGACGAACGACACUGCAACGUCAUCACCGCCCCGCACCGAAUCGCAGGAUAGAAUCACAGUUCGGAAGCGUCAUAAACGUCGGCAAGCUGGGGAAGAGAAGGUAUUCCGGCGAGGACCUAGGCAGUCCGCAGAAGAAGAUCAUGCAGGAUAACAUGCAACUCGACAAUCCAGCGGCGGCUGCCGCUGCGGCCGAGCGGCUCAAGGAUGCGCAAGGCGAGAUCGACGAGUCUCUCUACAGCCGUCAGCUCUAUGUCCUUGGCCACGAAGCCAUGAAGCGAAUGGGCAACUCCAACGUCCUCGUUGCUGGACUGCGAGGUCUUGGUGUUGAGAUCGCGAAGAACAUUGCUCUAGCCGGUGUCAAGUCGUUGACGUUAUACGAUCCAAAACCUGCGGCUCUCGCAGAUCUAUCCUCACAGUUCUUUCUUACCCCCGAGGAUGUAGGGAAGCCCCGCGCCUCCGUCACCGUUCCACGAGUCGCUGAACUCAAUCCAUAUACUCCCGUUCACGAGUUGUCUGAACCAGACCUAACAUCGGACCUCUCCAAGUUGAAGCGGUUUGAGUGCAUUGUCCUUACGGACACUCCGCUGAAGGACCAGAUCAAGAUUGCCGAUUAUUGCCACGAGAACGGUAUCUACCUUGUCAUCACGGACACCUUUGGCUUGUUCGGCUAUAUAUUCACGGACUUCGGCAAGAACUUCACCGUCGGGGAUCCCACUGGCGAGAAUGCCAACACUGGGAUUGUUGCGGGAAUCACUUCGGACGGCCUGGUAUCGGCUCUGGACGAAACGCGGCAUGGGCUUGAAGAUGGGGACUAUGUCACAUUCUCCGAGGUUGAAGGCAUGGAGGGUCUGAAUGGUUGUGCGCCGCGCAAGAUUGAAGUGAAGGGCCCUUAUACCUUCUCCAUUGGCGAUGUCUCCGACCUUGGGGAGUACAAGCGCGGAGGACAAUACAUCCAGGUCAAGAUGCCGAAGAUAAUCGACUUCCAAUCCUAUAGGGAACAACUCAAGGAGCCCACCCAUGUCAUCUCAGAUUUUGCUAAAUUCGAUAGACCAGACCAGUUGCACAUUGGUAUCCAAGCCCUUCAUGCAUUUGCAGAGGCCCACAACGGAGAAUUUCCACGGCCCCACAAUGCUGAAGACGCGGCUGAGGUCUUGAAGCUUUCUCGUGAACUCGCUUCGCAAAAACAAGACAAAGUAGAACUUGACGAGAAACUCAUCACAGAGCUUAGCUACCAAGCACGUGGAGAUCUCAGCCCGGUCGCCGCAUUUUUCGGAGGUAUGGCUGCACAGGAGGUGCUCAAGUCUGUAUCCGGAAAGUUCCACCCGAUCGUACAGUUCCUCUACUUCGACUCUUUGGAAUCUCUCCCUGCCAAUUCGUCUCGCUCAGAGGAAGACUGCCAGCCGAUCGGUUCGCGAUAUGACGGCCAGAUUGCCGUGUUUGGAAAGCAGUUCCAGGAAAAGAUCGCGAACGUCAAGGAGUUCCUCGUUGGUGCGGGCGCCAUUGGUUGCGAGAUGUUGAAGAAUUGGGCGAUGAUGGGUUUGGGAACCGGGCCGAACGGUAAGAUUACCGUGACGGACAACGAUUCGAUUGAGAAGAGCAAUCUGAACCGCCAAUUCCUCUUCAGGCCGGCAGAUGUCGGUAAUCCCAAGAGCACUGCGGCUGCGAAAGCUGUCGUGGCAAUGAACCCUGAUCUGAAGGGGCAUAUUGUCCCUCUGCAGGACAAAGUUGGGCCCGAAACAGAGGAUAUCUUCAACGAAGAGUUUUGGGAGAGUUUGGACGCGGUCACAAACGCCUUGGACAACGUCGAAGCACGUACAUAUGUCGACCGCCGGUGUGUAUUCUUCCGGAAGCCACUCCUUGACAGCGGAACCCUGGGCACCAAAGGGAACACGCAAGUCAUUAUACCGCAUAUUACGGAGUCAUACUCGUCCUCGCAGGAUCCUCCCGAGAAGUCGUUCCCAAUGUGCACGCUGCGCAGCUUCCCCAACCGUAUCGAGCACACGAUUGCUUGGGCGCGCGAGUCGUUUGAUACAUUCUUUGUCAAGGGCCCCGAAGCCGUCAACUUGUAUUUGACGCAGCCCGACUAUCUCAGCUCUACCCUGAAACAGGCCGGAAACGAGAAGCAAACAUUGGAGACGCUGCGGGACUUCUUGGUGACGGAGAAGCCACGCACGUUUGAUGACUGCAUCAUCUGGGCUCGCAUGCAAUUCGAGAAGAACUACAACCAUGCCAUCCAGCAGCUGCUGUACAACUUCCCCAAGGACGCAAUGACUAGCUCUGGCCAGCCGUUCUGGUCGGGACCCAAGCGUGCGCCAGACCCGCUCAAGUUCGAUGCCUCCAAUCCUACGCAUUUCACCUACAUUGAGGCUGCUGCCAUCCUACAUGCCUACAACUACGGUAUCAACUCCAAGGGCGUUGACAAGGAGCACUAUCUGCGAGUGUUGGAUGAUAUGAUUGUCCCGGACUUCCAUCCCGAUCCAACGGUCAAAAUCCAGGCGAGCGAUGCCGACCCUGAGCCCCAGCCUACUGGUGCCACUCAAGAUGGUGAUGCGCUGGGCGACAUUGUGUCCAAGUUGCCUCAACCAAAGUCUCUAGCUGGCUUCAGACUCGAGCCUGUUGAAUUCGAGAAGGACGAUGACACGAAUCAUCACAUCGAUUUCAUCACAGCUGCGAGCAAUCUCCGUGCGGAAAACUACAAGAUUGAGCCAGCGGAUCGGCACAAGACGAAGUUCAUCGCCGGCAAGAUUAUUCCCGCCAUUGCCACAACCACGGCGCUCGUUACUGGUCUAGUGAACCUGGAGCUGUACAAGAUCCUCGAUGGCAAGACGGACAUUGAGCAGUACAAGAACGGGUUCGUCAACCUGGCCCUGCCUUUCUUCGGCUUCAGCGAGCCCAUUGCCAGCCCCAAGGGACAUUAUAUCGGCAAGGACGGCGAGAAGGUCACGAUUGACAAGCUGUGGGAUCGAUUCGAGGUGGAUGACAUUACUCUGGAAGAGUUUGUGGAGCACUUUAAGGAGCGGGGACUCGAUGUCACCAUGGUCAGCUCUGGUGUGAGCUUGCUAUAUGCAUCCUUCUAUGGGCCGUCCAAGCUGCAGGAUCGCCUGCCCCUUCCCAUGACAAAGGUCGUCGAGCUCGUCUCCAAGAAGCCGCUUCCAGCGCACCAGAAGAAUGUCAUUUUCGAGAUCACGGCCGAAGAUCAGACUGGAGAGGACGUUGAGGUUCCGUAUGUCAUGGUCAGGCGGCGAGUAUGAGCAUCCUCUACGAUUGCAAGACGGGACUGGUGAUUUAGGGCCUUGGAUUAAGGGAAGGGACCCUUAGAUAAACAUAGAUGAGUAUUAGUUUGGCAUCAAGCAAUAGAAUUGUUAUCGCACGC